UUUUCUCUCUCCCUGUUUUUGAACUGGAUUUGGGCGACGGAGAUCAUGGCAGCAUUUUAGAAGAGAGAGCAGGGAUCUCCAGGUGUUUAGGCGUGUGGCAGAGAAACUCGUUAGCGGUUGGCAAAGUGGAAAGAAAGAGACAAUUCAAUAGAGAGAGGAACUUGCAAUGAUUCCACGUCUGGGAGGUAAGGUUCUCCAAAGUACUUACUGUUUAAGUUGGAUAAGCCAGUCCUGCAGACUACAUUCCCAGUGCAAUUUCCAAUGAUGAAAAUGGCCCUUAAAAUCCUUUCAGACCUGGAAAUCUGUGUGAAACCAAUAGAGUUUUGAAGCAUAACUAAGGACAGAGACCACCGCUAGGCACAAAUAUCACCAACUUGCUUGAUUAUGGAGAUGGUCUGUUUGAUGCUAAAAAUGUGUCUAGUUUUUUGACAACGGCUGAAUAACCAUGGGGUCCAGUGGACUUGGGAAAGCUGCAACAUUGGAUGAGCUGCUGAGCACUUGCAUUGAGAUGUUUGAUGACAAUGGAGAGCUGGAUAAUAGUUAUUUGCCAAGAAUAGUUCUACUGAUGCACCGAUGGUAUUUAUCUUCCACUGAAUUGGCAGAAAAACUUCUCUGCAUGUAUCGAAAUGCCAGUGGAGAAAGCUGCGAUGAAUUUCGACUGAAGAUCUGCUACUUCAUGAGGUACUGGAUUCUGAAAUUUCCUGCAGAGUUUAAUUUGGACCUUGGUUUGAUCCAUAUGACUGAAGAAUUCAGAGAAGUAGCUAGUCAACUAGGAUACGAAAAACACGUCAGCCUCAUCGACAUAUCCAGCAUACCUUCCUAUGAUUGGAUGAGAAGAGUCACACAGAGGAAAAAAGUGUCAAAGAAGGGAAAAGCCUGUCUGCUGUUUGACCAUCUGGAGCCCAUUGAGUUGGCCGAGCAUCUCACUUUUCUGGAGCAUAAAUCGUUCCGAAGGAUCUCGUUCACCGAUUACCAAAGCUAUGUCAUCCAUGGCUGCCUGGAGAACAACCCAACCUUGGAGAGAUCUAUUGCUUUAUUUAAUGGAAUCUCUAAGUGGGUCCAGUUGAUGGUUCUUAGCAAACCAACCCCCCAGCAAAGGGCAGAGGUCAUCACAAAGUUUAUCAAUGUUGCCAAGAAACUCCUUCAGCUCAAAAAUUUUAACACCCUGAUGGCGGUGGUGGGAGGCCUUAGUCACAGUUCCAUCUCACGCCUCAAAGAGACCCAUUCUCACCUUUCUUCAGAAGUUACCAAGAACUGGAAUGAAAUGACAGAGCUGGUCUCCUCCAACGGCAAUUAUUGCAAUUACCGCAAAGCUUUCGCCGACUGUGACGGCUUCAAAAUCCCCAUCCUGGGCGUGCACUUGAAGGACUUGAUCGCAGUCCAUGUCAUCUUCCCGGACUGGACAGAGGGAAACAAAGUGAACAUCGUGAAGAUGCACCAGCUCUCCGCCACCCUGAGCGAGCUGGUCGCCCUGCAAAACGCCUCCCACCACUUAGAGCCCAACAUGGACCUGAUCAACCUGCUCACGCUUUCACUGGACCUCUAUCACACAGAAGAUGAUAUUUAUAAGCUGUCACUGGUGCUGGAGCCUAGAAAUUCUAAAUCGCAGCCUACCUCCCCUACAACGCCCACCAAGCCCGUGGUGCCCCUGGAGUGGGCAUCAGGAGUCAUGCCAAAGCCAGACCCCACGGUCAUCAACAAGCACAUAAGGAAAUUAGUUGAGUCUGUGUUUAGAAACUAUGACCAUGACCAUGAUGGGUACAUCUCCCAAGAGGACUUUGAAAGUAUAGCUGCCAAUUUUCCCUUCUUGGAUUCCUUUUGUGUGCUGGACAAAGAUCAGGACGGCCUCAUUAGUAAAGAUGAAAUGAUGGCUUACUUCCUGAGAGCCAAGUCCCAACUACACUGUAAAAUGGGACCAGGAUUUGUCCACAAUUUUCAGGAGAUGACCUAUCUCAAGCCAACCUUCUGCGAACACUGUGCAGGAUUUCUCUGGGGCAUAAUCAAGCAAGGAUACAAAUGCAAAGACUGUGGAGCCAAUUGCCACAAGCAGUGCAAAGACCUCCUGGUUCUGGCCUGCAGGAGAUUUGCCCGGGCUCCCUCCUUGAGCAGUGGUCACGGGUCGCUGCCUGGAAGCCCCUCCUUGCCCCCAGCGCAGGAUGAGGUGUUCGAGUUCCCUGGCGUCACUGCUGGACACCAAGACCUGGACAGCAGAGCCAUCACGCUGGUUACAGGCUCCUCCCGCAAGAUCUCCGUGAGGCUGCAGCGGGCCACCACCAGCCAGGCCACCCAGACCGAGCCCAUAUGGUCAGAGGCUGGCUGGGGGGACUCAGGGUCCCACACCUUCCCCAAAAUGAAAUCCAAGUUCCAUGACAAAGCAGCAAAGGGCAAAGGCUUUGCCAAGUGGGAGAAUGAGAAGCCCAGGGCACAGGCCGGCGUGGAUGUUGUCGACCGGGGCACGGAGUUUGAGACUGACCUGGACGAAGCAGACAUGGAUGAGAGCAGACAGGAUGGCGAGGAUGGCUGACUUCGGGCCGGGGACACCAAAGGCAAGAACACUGACCUUUAGAAGGAGCGAGGUGACAAGCUCGGGGAAACAGCCCACCUCUCGGGAAGUGACCUGGAAAGAUAUCUGGACGUUUGCUGCUUUGUGACACCGUGGGAUCGCCCUGAUUGGACUGCGGGGCCGAGGAUGCGCCCUACGAACUAUUUAUUUCCUCCUCGCCCGGCCCUAGUCAGGUGCCACGAAGACUGCGCUACGCGGUUGGUGUUUCCUCGCGUCUUUCUCUGGAGCCAUUCGUAUGCGGGUGAAAUGAAAGUUUUCUGCAUGUACUUGAUACUCUCUGAACUCAGACUUUGCUUUUUCUGUGAGACUAUUAUUUCAGUAUUUUUAUCAACUUUUUGAGGGGGGAUGUUUAAUGAGAAGUUGAUUUUGAGGGUUUUCUGUAUGCUUUUUGGAUGGGACCAGGACUUCACAUUUUCUUGAGAGGCAGGAGCGCUCUUCAGACCCUGGAAUGCGGUGAUUCUUCUCAUGACCACCUGUUGCAAGGAGACGUUGUUUACACUGUUUUUAUCACAUGGUUGCUAUUAGGAUGUGUAAUAAGUCACACAUUUAUAUAUCACGUAAGUCUUACAAUUCUACAUCAGUAGGAAGCUGUUAACACGCCAUGAGAACUCUCCUAAUAUUUAUAAUUGCCGUAAAUUAU